AUGGCAAUGGCAAACAACAAAACACUGUGUUUUAAAUGUAAUGAAGACAAAAUAACUUACCCUUGUAAAGGAUGUUCAAACGAAUUUUGUUUUACGGACUUAGCAGAACAUAAACAAAUAUUAAAUGAUGAAUUACAUACUAUUACCAAUGAAUAUAAUGAAUUUAAACAAACAAUUAAUAAACAAAAACAAAGUCCACAAAAUCAUCCAUUAAUAAAACAAAUUAAUCAAUGGGAAACAAAUUCAAUUGAAAUAAUUCAACAAAACGCAAAGGAUUGUAGAGAAGCUGUCAUUAAAUUACUACAAAAAUCUAUUAAUGAUAUUGAAAAGAAAUUUAAUGAUUUAUCUGAACAAAUAAAACAAAUUCAUAAAGAAAAUGAAUUUAAUGAAAUUAAUUUAAGUUAUUUAACAAAUCAAUUAAUAGAAAUUACAGAGGAAUUAAAUAAUCCAUCGAAGAUUUCUAUUAAAGAAGAUUCACAAUCAUGUAUUAAUGAAAUUUCAAUUAUUUUAUCAAAAAAACCCGAAUUCAACAAAUGGAAACAAAAUGCCAUCACUGUGGCUAUUGGAAAUGGACGAGGACAAUGA